AUGCAUCAAGUGAGCCUUAAUUCACGGGUUGAUCAACUAGCGCAGAGGGUCGACAACCAGAACAACCUAAUUGGCCAACUACUCAGGCAGAUCAACUUGAAUCAAGGCCCUAACUUUGGAGCCCAUAACGAGGAGAGAAGGACCCGUGAGCAUACUGGCGAGCAUUUUGAGGGAUCCCAUGCAAAUUGGGUUCACAGGGGGCACGAGUCCGUGAAAGAUUGUGUGACGAAUGCAACAACCGACGCUCACCAACCCACUCGAGAACCAACUCGCAGCGACAACUCAUGGAGGAAUCUUUGCAAGCUCAAUCCACCAAUCUGCCUCACGGGCAAGGCAACCAAGGAGGUCAACCUCUUCAAGGAGGUGGACCAAGAAAACUCUACGCCUUUCACUACCAAAAUCGAGCAGGCUGCUCCCCCAAAGAGAUUCUCAAUGCCUUCAUUCAUGCAUUUCAAAGAGGAUUCCAAUCCCGAGAGCCAUCUAAAACAGUUCAAAAGUGCUAUGAUCUUCUACAAGACCAACGACGCGCUGAUGUGCAAGGUGUUUGCGAUGACCUUGCUAGGAGCAGCGACAACUCGUGGAGGAAUCUUUGCAAGCUCAAUCCAUCAAUCUGCCUCACAGGCAAGGCAACCAAGGAGGUCAACCUCUUCAAGUCGGCGAGGAAGUCAACCAUCCCCACCUAAAUCACGAGGAACGCCAACGGAGGUGGACCAAGAAAACUCUACGCCUUUCACUACUAAAAUCGAGCAGGUUGCUCCCCCAAAGAGAUUCUCAAUGCCUUCAUUCAUGCAUUUCAAAGAGGAUUCCAAUCCCGAGAGCCAUCUAAAACAGUUCAAAAGAGCUAUGAUUUUCUACAAGACCAACGACGUGCUGAUGUGCAAGGUGUUUGCGAUGACCUUGCUAGGAGCAGCCCAAGACUGGUUCUACACCCUACCAUCCAGGUCAAUCAACAGCUUCAAGGGGCUAGCUUACGUCUUCACCGAAGAAUACACUUCUUACCAGACGAUCAAGAAGAACCUUGACCACCAAUUCAACCUACGCAAGAAGUACGAUGAAUCCCUCCGAGAUUACAUCAAGAGGUUCAAAGCAGAAAUGGCAAACAUCAUUGGCUAUGACAAUCGAAUCGCGUCAUCGGCCUUCAAGAGGGGCUUGCCAGUUGAGUGUGAGCUGUAUCGCGAGCUGACCAUCUCUCCCUGCCAAACACUAGUAGAAGUUUUCGCAGCAGCAGAGUGCUAUACACUUUGGGACGAUGAUCAGAUAGCUGCAAAGAAGGCUGUUAAGCAAGCCGAUCAACCAGUUGAGCAAGCAAGCCAAAGGAACGGCAUGAUAGACGACAAGGAUGGAGGCAAGCACGGAUUACAUCCUCAAGGAGGUGCUCCAGCAACCGAGAGCUAUAACAAGUUCACUAUCCCGAUACACCAGAUCCUGGCCCAAGUAAAUAACAUGCUUUGGUUGAAGAAACCAUCUCCUUUGAAGGGAAACCCAGCCAAGAAGGAUACUAGUAGAUACUGCGAAUUUCAUGAAGGGCACGAUCAUUACACAAAUGACUGCUUCGCCUGGAAAAUGCACCUCGAAGAACUGGUCAGAGAUGGCCAUUACACGGAAUUCAUCGCAAGGGGGGCUAUCCAGCAAAUCAAAGAUCGUGACGCAACUGCCAACAAACCUCCACGAAAAAAGUCAUACAGAUCAGCACGAUCCUAG